UCAGCCAACCAACUGCUGCGCCUGUGCGGCUCGUCUCUACCUACGGCCCGAACCAAAGCUGAAAGUCCAUACCAAAACGGCGACGAGCACGACAACGCCGCCGGUCCCUCAUCCUCUGACGGAUCCUCCACCAGCCGGCCGCCGCCCGUCGCAACGCUGCCCCUCGGCCAACCGCCGCCGCUCCCUCUGUCUGCUGGAGCUGAGUGGAAAUCCAAUCCGGUUAUCCGGACGCGUUUUUGAUUUAUCUGUUGUGUGGUUCGAUUUCGAUUAGGUUCUUCUUUAGUUCGCAGGAUCAAUCUUCCCAAGUUUCGGGUCCAAUCUGAUUUCCGAAAGGUUUUGGGGGCUCAGCUGAACUCUCUUGCCCCACGGUGGUUCAGCGCCGAAGAGCAUGAGGAGGCGGCCGGGGAUCGCGGGCUUGCAGAAUGCGGCGGCUACUCGCGACCAAUUCCGUCUGGUCGGGGAGAAUGUGGCCAAGGUCAGGACGGAUGUCAUGAAGGAGCAGCUGGCAACAUUCCGGUCUCAGCUGGAGGAAUUCGCUCGCAAGCAUAAGAGUGAUAUCCGUAAAAAUCCGAUAUUUAGGCAGCAGUUCCAUGAGAUGUGUGCAAAAGUUGGAGUAGAUCCGCUGGCAUCUAAUAAAGGAGUUUGGGCAGAACUUCUAGGGAUUGGUGACUUCUACUAUGAGAUUGGAGUUCAGAUAGUAGACAUAUGCAUUGCAACCAGAUCACAUAAUGGUGGUCUGAUUGACUUGCUAGAUCUCCGCAAACUGCUCUGUCAGAAGAGAAAAGCUACUCUUGAAUCUUUGUCUGAAGAUGACUGUUUACGUGCUAUAAGUAAGCUAAAAGUCCUUGGUAGUGGCUUUGAAGUAAUUUCGGUUGGGAGGAGAAAGCUGGUCCGAUCUGUUCCUACUGAAUUAAAUAAAGAUCACAGUGGGAUACUUGGGCUAGCACAGGCUGAAGGCUAUGUCACAGUAGAACAAGUUGAAAAGGAAUUCUCAUGGUCCGCUGGUCGUGCCAUUGAUGCCCUUGAAACUUUACUUAAGGAGGGACUUGCUAUGAUCGACGAUGGCCACAGGGACGGCAAGCGCAGAUAUUGGUUCCCAUGCGUCACUGUCAGCUCCGACACAACUGGCAGCGAAACCAAGUCAUAACCUGUACUAUGUCAAUUUUUGCAAACACGCCGUUUUGUAUUCUUUUCCCUGUAUCCAUUUCGCUGUGAGAAGUGGAACAAUCAGAUGUAUCUGUGUGUAAGGAUAGAAUAGCAUCCCACUUCUGAAUAUGAAAGGUGUGAACACCCCACUUCUGAAUAUGCUCCAGUUUUUUUUUUAUGCAAUACAUUCAGAGUCCAGAAUUCCAGAUA